GCGUUGUCAAAUUCACUCAGGAAGUAAGUUAGUUGCAAGCCGUUACUUAGCUGAAAUGUUUAUUUUACUACUGGCCAUUUCAGGAAUGACCACUUUCUAAUGAGAAAUUGUUGUAUUUACGUCAAGUUCUGUUUUUUUUCAACACUGAAAUGAGUGAUUGCUGUGAAGCAGAUAUGGUUAAUAGUGCUUAGAACUUCUGGACCGUGAACUUCAAGACAGUUCUUACAAAAGACAAAACAUGUCACUAUUUUGCUGUGAAAAACAAAAAUGUCAACCUCCAGAUGCCAUGCCACACAAAUUCACACCGGAUUUUUUUUAAUGUGUUACAUACGCUCACCUCAAGCUUACUUCUGUUUCUCCGUUUUUUCGUAAAUACUGGAUAGUAUUAUCCAUUGGGUGAUUUUUCAAUACUUGUGAAGGAAUAUGUAAAAGUGUUGAUUGUUUGGUUGAAUGGUAAUAGCGUUCUCGUUUCUAUCUAAAGCGGAGGACCUUCAAGCAUCGAGACUCUUGUUUUAGGGUUAUAGUCAAACCAACUCGCCCGUCUCAUAACUGACAGAAUCCUUACUGUAGAUCAUUCAGUGAGCGAUUUUCAUGAGGAUAUAAUUAUUGAGUAUUUCUGAAUCAUUGAAAGUCUUUGAAAAACCAUGUGUUGUAACUGCAAAGUUUCAGUGACACUGGAAAUAUACGUGACGGAUUUGCAACCCGCCUUUUAAGCACUUAAUCUUGUUACUAAUGCAUUGGAUAGCUAGCAGUUCUGCACUUAGUAUUGCAGCGCCGACUGACAAUGGACCUGUUAAUGUGCACGCCGAAUUUAGUGGACUCAAGGCUGGUAAACAUGGCUUUCAUGUUCAUGAAUUUGGUGAUACAACAAAUGGAUGUAUUUCAGCUGGAGCUCAUUUCAAUCCAACUAAACAAGAGCAUGGAGCACCAGAAGAUAGCAUUCGUCAUGUUGGUGACCUGGGAAAUGUUGUGGCGGGUGUUGAUGGAAACGCAGUUUAUAACGCGACUGACAAAUUGAUAUCUUUGAACGGCUCUCAUUCAAUAAUUGGUCGAACUAUGGUCAUUCAUGAAAAUGAAGAUGAUUUAGGCCGUGGUGGACAUGAGCUCAGUAAAGUAACUGGUAAUGCUGGUGGCCGUCUAGCUUGUGGCGUUAUCGGUUUAGCUGCUGAGUAGAGUUGUAGAUUUAUGUUUUUACAUUUUUAACGCCUAUUCUUCUUGUGAAACAGUAUGGUCAUUAUUGUCAAGAAAGGAAAUUUUGUGUUCUAAAUGAUUAAAAAAUAAAGUCACUAAAUAUAA